GAUGACCUUGGCAAUUUGAGCGCUCUCUACAAAACAUUGUUGACGUAUUGAUUAUUUGACUUCACGCCUUUUUCUAGGCUAGUAAGACAUCAAAGAAUUAAUUUUACUCCAGCUUCAAAAUGGACACACCUGAACCUACUAUACAAAACGUUUUGGAUUCAAAUACAUUGCGUUGGAUUUUCGUAGGAGGCAAAGGAGGAGUUGGUAAAACUACAUGCAGUUGUAGCAUUGCCGUUCAAAUGGCUAAGGUGCGUGAACGAGUCCUCAUUUUAAGCACUGAUCCUGCUCAUAACUUGUCAGAUGCAUUUGACCAAAAAUUUUCAAGAAAUCCUACUAAAGUAAAGGGUUUUGAUAACCUCUUCGCUAUGGAGAUAGAUCCAAAUGUUAACUUAGGAGAAUUGGAAGAAGAUCUUGUUGGUUCAGAAGAAGCAGCAGUUUCUGCUGACAUAAGAAAGACUAUAGCUCAUCUGAUGACAUCCUUUCCUGGAGUGGAUGAAUACAUGUCUUAUACAGAAGUGUUUCGUUUGGUUCGUAAUAUGGAUUAUUCAGUUGUGAUUUUCGACACAGCUCCUACAGGUCAUACACUAAGAUUGUUGGCAUUUCCGGAGGCAAUGGAAAAAAGUCUUAGCAAAGUAGUUUCUAUGAAAAAUCAGUUUGCUCCAUUUUUGAAUCAAUUGAUGAGUCUUGUUGGAAUGAAUAGUACACAAGGCGGUGAUUUAACGAAUGCUUUAGAAACGCGCUUACCUAUUGUUAAAGAAAUAACUAGACAAUUUAAAGAUCCCGAUCAGACAACAUUCAUCUGUGUAUGCAUUCCGGAAUUUUUGAGUAUGUAUGAAACAGAACGUUUAGUUCAAGAGCUUACUGCACACGAUAUCGAUGUUCAUAAUGUAAUAGUGAAUCAACUGUUAUUUCCAAAUCUAAAAUCAUCAUCGUCAACAUGUGAUGCAGAUCAUGAAUCAAAGAAUAAUUCAUCAAAUGAACCGCCAACUACAUGUCGAAUGUGUUUAGCACGUCAUCGAAUACAAUCAAAGUAUUUAGAACAAAUUUUAGAACUAUAUGAAGAUAUGCAUGUUAUACAAUUACCACAAUUAGAACAAGAAAUAAGAGGAAUACAAUCGGUAAAAGAAUUCUCUGAACUUCUUUUGAAACCUUAUCGUAGGUGAUGCAUAUAAACCGGUGUUGAAUUAUGCUUUUGUGUGUAUGAAUGUACCUUGUAAAGACGGGAUUCUGUAUCCUUUUUAUUUCAUAAUUUAACAAUCGACUAAAUGAAUAAUAAUAAUAAACUUCACAAUCUAUUGAUUGAUAA